UUAGGGCAAGUUUAGACACCAAAUUUAUAAUUAUCGCAGAUAAUUAUAAAUAAUAAUGCUGGACCUUUGACCAGUUUGGUAUGGAGAGAAUGUAAAAGAAAGAAAAGGCAGCCACUGGCUACUGGUCCUGGGUGGGAUCAUUGACCCCCAAUCUCAAAAGUCUUUUUUCCAAUUUUAUAAAACAAUUGAACAUUUGCUUUAGAAUCUUUGGCGCAGACACGGAGAACCGAACCGCCUUUCAAUCACCGGUAAAUGGUUCCGGUGGCCGGGAGAUUGAAGUAGAAAUUGGGGUUUGGAUAGUAAGUGAAUGGAUUCUGAAGAAGAAAGAGAAACAGAAGUUGAAAUGGAAGAGAAUGAUAACAAGGGUUUGAUUAAGUAUGGAGUGGGGUUUGUGUUUCGAUUAACUUUAGCUUUUCUUUUCCCAAUUUUCGCAUUCUUGAUGUUGUCAAUAGUAAUUGGAUUAUUAGCUGUUCUGGGUACUUACUUCUCUAUUACCUCUCCCAUCUUUUUCCCUUCCCAGUGCACCAUUCUCUCCAGCAGUGUGGAUCUGAGAUCAUCUAAGGUCUGUGAACUUGGAUUGUUGAAUUAUAAAGCUAAGCAUGUGUUUUAUCCUUUUGAAUCAAGCCAAUUUCGCUGUCGUUAUGAUUACUACUGGGCAUCAGUCUUUCAGGUGGAAUACAAAGACCAUUCUUUGGGACAGACACAGCUUGCAUUUUCAGAGGCUCCAAAUGAGGCCCUUCCUCUAAAUUGCAGGCCUAAUUUUGGUGCUGCAUGGGUCACCAAAAAUAUAUUCAAGGUCAAUAAAACUUAUGACUGCUGGUAUACAAUUGGCAUUUCUAGAGUGAGCCUAUAUCGUGAUGGCUUCUUUCCUUGUCAAGCAAAAGAUCCAUCUGCUUUUGAGAUGCUUAGACGCUGUAUUAUUCUGUCUAUCAAAACUUUACGCCACUUGUUUGUCCAGAAGAAGGGAAUUGCAAGUUUUUGGAGGUGGGAAACAGUAGCUGGAGUUGUUACUGGUUUUUCAACAUCCUUGAUCUCCAUCAGCUGUAUAAGCAUCCUACAUCAUAUUAAAUCACGGUUGUCCAGCACCUAUAUAGCACGGAUGGUUGCACCAAUCAUUAAGAUGGUCUCCUUCAAGCGGGUUUGUUUUCUCGUGACAUAUUUCUCGAUUGUGGGUUGGUUAGUAAUCCAGUAUGGGAAAUGGCUUGGUCUCCCAGAUAUUCACAGAAUGUAUAAUUACUAGGUUAUCAGUUGGCAACCCUUUUUGCAAAUGCUAAUUCUCUUCUGUUCGUAUUGUUACUUGGAUCCUGCAAAUAUGAUCACCCCUGUGGAGUAGAAGGAUGUAAAAUGAAAGUGACUGCUUGAUGUAAAAUAUAUAUACAAGUAGUGGUGGAAGGGUAAGGUUACUCCAUUUUGACAUGAAAGUUACAGGUUGAAAUUGCCAAGACAGAUUUGUUGAGUAAAAUUGCUUAGGUCUGUUUCUCUUUGAGAGCUCACAAUACCCAUUUACAAAUGUGUAACAAACAAUGCAUGUAGUUGAGAAAGUAGUGUUCAGUGUAUAGGGCAUCUUGUGAGACAACUCUAAUGUGAUAGUCAGUGCCACUGUCAUCUUAUUUUGAAGGUUAAGGAAUUGAUCAAAGAAGAACCAAAAACAGAAAAUAAAUAAAUAUAUUUUUUACUACA